AUGAACACUGUGCACCCUUCUCAAUCCAAAGGCGAUCCAUUCCGGCACAUCGAUAACUUCAAGAAAAUCACCGCCAAUAGAGAGUUCGACGACGCCACCUUGUGCCACCUGUUCAGCGAAACACUAGAUGGGGAUGCCAUGAAUUGGUUCUUCGAACAACCGACGAACUCUAUGGAUUCUUUCGCGCAGUUGACCACAACAGUUCUUAAUCAGUUCAUCCUCAUGGUCGGAGCCGCACACACAACUGAUGGCCUAUUUCAAGUAAAGCAGGAAAGCAGGGAAACGCCAAUCCCCCUCCAACGUGAGCUCUUCCCCAACACAGAAGACCAUAGCAAAGGCAAGAAAAGAGAGUGGCAUCAGGCCAAUCACCGUGACGCGUGCAACAACGAUCGGCACAAAUGCCGAGACAAGAACAUGAGACUUGGCAAUGAACAUCGCGACAACAAAGACCCUCGCCAAGUUAACACGAUGGGAGGCCGUAGUGACCACACACUGCCUAGGGACGAGACCUUGGAGGACUUUUUCCACAAGCAUCAGGAGACGCUGAGGAAACCAGCAAGACCACUACGCCCUCAAACCGAGGCAGAAAUUUGUAAGUGGUGCAGAUUUCACGAAAAUGGAAGCCAUAACACGAAUGAUUGCCGCACCUUCCGCAUACUAAGAGCCAAUGGCGACACAGGGGUUCGCCUGGCACAGCAAAGGGAACAGCAGAACGUGGUGGCCGUAGUUGAGAACCUGCGCCGCAUCAACGUAAUAGAGGGAGGAGCCCCGAUGACAAACAUGUCUAUCAGAGAAAAAAAGCGCUUUGACCGCAGCAAUCACCCAAGGCAGGUGUAUGCCAUCACAGGAGGAAACGCUAAGCGACAGAAGGAAGGGUGGAAGCCGAUAACCUUCACUGAGGAAGAGGAAAUUGGCAUCUCCUUACCCAAUGACGACGCCUUCCUCAUCGACGCAGUCUUGGGCGGACAAUGGGAUGUAGGAAAGAUGAUGAUCGACACGGGAUCCGCAGUCAACGUCCUAUUCAAGGGAUGCUACGAAAAAAUGGAGCGUAGUGGCAAGAAGUUAGUACAGGACCACGAACCACUAAUCAGCUUCUCUGGCGACGUAACCCAACCCUUAGGCUCGGAUUAUAUGAUAGUACGCAUUGGGACCGCACCAUGCACGGUUUGCGUCGAAGCCGAGUUCAUCAUAGUCGACGCCUACAGAUCCUACAACGGGAUCAUCGACCGGCCUACAGUUGACCGGAUGCGAACUUUUAUCGCUGGACACAUGAUGCUCAUAAAAUUCCCAACUCCGCAUGGAACAGGAUAG